AAGAAAAUGUGUGAAAAUAUUUACUGAAAAAUGAAAAGUCAAAAAUUUAUAUUGGAUUUUUUUUAAUUUGAAAAACUGCUACUUUCAAAAUAUUGUAAUAUUUUCAAAAUUUAAUAAACCCGACGCGCAUCCUUAUUUGCUUUUGUGUGGAUGUGUGUGUGCCUUAUAACGGCAGUAGAGAGUGAAACUGUUUUGGACAAGUGCGGAUAUUUUUGCGAUAUAUAUAUUUUUUUAUAUAAGUUUAGUAAAUGAUUAGGGCAGCUACUACUGAAACCGUAAACCUUUGAAAGCAUUAUGCCAAACAAGCAGCAGCAACGAUUUGCUGGAGGAGGUGGCGAUAAGAGGAAGACCUCAAAAAUGAAGAUCAAAUCAACUUCUAAGUCUAAUCUCAAAGAUGGUGGAGGAGAUGCAGAUGAUUUGGAUGCAUGGAUUAAAUCGCGUCAGUUACUGAAACCCGAUGAUCAAUUGGACCUGACUGAAGCUGAAUUGGGUGAGGAAAUCACUAAGGUAUUGACACCGACCAAUACAAAUGUGGUGCGCAAUUUGAUGAUUUACAGUUUCAAGGAAAGCGCCUUUGUCCAGGUGCCGAUAGCUGGAAACACCGUAACACUAAUGCAGAUGGAUGGAAGUGCCUUGCAUAUAGACUCUGAGGAGGCAAAAAUUCAAAUGGAGGAGAUGGGCGAAAUUGGUUAUCCUCUACCCGCACUCACCGGUUCCUUCAUUGAAGCUGAAGAAGUGCAAAAACCGCCAAAGGGUGAAGAGGAUGAAGAAGACGAAGGCGAGGAAAAGGCAGAAGCAAAAGCUGCCAAAGACAUGGAAGAAGAAUUGCCCGAAGAGGAAGUUGAGGGGGAAGAAGAAGAAGUGGUUGAGGAAGGAGCGACUGAAGGCGAAGCUGCAGCGGCCGAGGAUGGCGGUGAUGUUGCAGAGGCAGCAACAGCAGCGCCUGCACCAGGUGGUCGAAAACGCAAAUUAUUGAAUCAGUUUAAUUUUUGUGAACGCUCCGCUCUAACCUACACAAAUCCAAGAAGGAAUGUUGAUACACAAACCAUACCUCCACCGCGUUCCCAGUAUGGGGCUAAUGUAUUGCAAUGGAAUAUUUACGAUAGUUAUGCAGAGGAUUUUGAACAACAACAAAAAGAAAAGGAAAAGAAAGAUGAGAAGAAACACAGAAAGGAUGUUGCAUUGAAGAAGUUGGAUAAAGCAGCAGAGGCAGAGAUACUUAAUAAGAAGUAUCUUAAGGCUUGGCAAAUAUUAGAGCGCAUGAUUAAUCAAAAUAUCUAUGAGGAAAUCGCCAACGAUUAUCGCUACUGGGAGGAUCCAGCUGAUGAGUACAGAGAGCAGGAGGGCACAUUGCUACCACUUUGGAAAUUCAACUAUGAUCGCAUACGUAAACUGAGCGUUACCGAUCUGCUGUUCAAUCCGAAGUAUUACGAUCUAUUUGCAGUAUGCUAUGGUUCGCAUGAGUUCAUGAAACAACCAAAUGAGGGCGCCAUAUGUUUCUUCACAGUCAAGAAUCCCUCUUACCCAGACUACAUAAUAUCGACAGAGAGUGGUGUUAUGUGUUGCGAUAUACACCCGGUUUAUCCAUUUUUGGUGGCAAUAGGUAUGUACGAUGGCAGUGUAGCGGUUUACAAUCUGAGAGACACCUAUGACAAACCGCUCUAUUUGUCGGUGGGCGUUCACAAUAAACAUGAGGAAUGUGCAUGGGAGAUUAAAUGGGGCCCCGAUAUGGCGGAUGGUGAAAUCAAUUUCUAUUCCGUCUCAACCGAUGGACGUGUCUUCAAUUGGGUGCUUAUGCAGAACGAUUUCAUGAUCACUACAAUAACAACGCUCUGCCUCACCAAUGGCAUUGUCGAGGGACCUGAUGGUACUGAAGUACAGCUACGCAGCUGUGGGUCGUGCAUGAAAUUCCAUCCCACAAAUCCAGAAAUUUACCUAAUCGGCACCGAGGAAGGAUUAAUCCAGAAAUGUAGUAUAGCCUACAGCUCCAAAUAUCUGAUGACAUACAAUGCACACCAUCUCACCGUUUAUCGCAUCGAUUUCAAUCGUUUCAAUGCGAACAUUUUCAUCUCGUGUAGUGGUGAUUGGCGCGUCAAAGUGUGGGAGGAUAUGCGAGCAGAACCGCUGUUUAUCUUCGAUUUGGGUUCCUCUGUGGGCGAUGUAAAGUGGGCGCCCUUUUCGAGCACUGUCUUUGCAGCGUGUACCACCGAAGGCAAAGUGUUCGUUUUCGAUUUGAAUGUGAACAAAUAUAAGCCGAUUUGUGUGCAAGCGGUGGUGCCGAAGCGAAAGAAUAAAUUGACACGACUCGCUUUCAAUGAGAAUUUACCCUUCAUAAUUGUCGGCGACGAUAAGAGUACGGUGACUUCGGUGAAACUAUCGCCCAAUUUACGGUUAAUGGUGAAACCACCUAAAAAGCAACAGUAUCUGGAUCAAAAUACAUUGCAGGUGCAAAAGUUGGACAAAUUGUUAUCGCUGGUGCGGGAGUUGCCCAGCGAUAUGAUGGUGCCCGACACACCUACCACGACGAAGAGCUGAAGGUGCUCAAGAAGUGGCUGAUAAAUGCGAUUAAUUAUAAUUUUUGUUUUUAUUUUAGACAAUUUUUUUUAGAUAUUUUUAAAAUUUGUUAGCGAAUCGAAGUGUUCACGCAUACCUACAAACUUUUGCUGUUGUGCAAGUGAAAAUUAUCACAAUAAAUAAG